AUGGCAAUUGCAAAUGAGUGUGUGGUGAUUGUGAAAAAUGUAGGUGCUUUUUUGCUUGAAGAUAUAGAUACUUUGUUGCUUGAAGAUAUAGGUGCUUUUUUGUUUAAAAAUGUAGGUGCCUUUUUGCUUAUAGAUGCUCGUGCAGAUGUUUUCUUAAAAAUACAU